AUGACAGCAACAAACAACAACAGCAACUAUAUCGUUUCUGAUGAAAAAGUUAUUGAUUCAUUAGCUGAGGAAUUAGUUGUGGCAGAAACUAAAACCCUCAACGAAAGAAUUGGUGAAAACAGGAUUGAUUUACAUAACUACCUCAAAUACGAUGGAGGAAGAGGAAGGAAAACUGGUACAGCUUUAUUAGCAAAUAAAAUUUCAAAUUUAACGAUUAUAGAUGUUGAUAUCAAUAAAUCAUACAAUGAUGAACUUAAAGAAACAGUUAGAAAAGACAUUUUAUCAAAACUUUCGGAUAAAGAUGUUAUUGUUAAAACCGCUUCAGGAGGUCUUCACAUUUAUUGCAACACUAAUUUCUUCUAUGCAGUUUCGAACAGAAUGAUUAAAUGUUAUUCCUGCAAUGAUUAUGAUAUUGACAUAAUGACUUCUAUGGAUGAUUCAAAGCGUUCAUUAGUGGUUAUGGCUGAUUCAAGAGUUCGCAAGAAUGCAACAGAACCAAUCAAAACAUACUCAUUCAUUCGUGGAAGUUAUGAUUCAACAUUAACUAGAACAGUAAACGAUAUAUUAAAUGAUUUGAAUAUUAAGGUAAGAGUUGAACAGAAGAACGAAGAAAUAAAGACUAUCAUGAAUGAAAACAAAGAU